AUGGCCCAAGGCUUGGCAUCUGUAUCCCGUCAGUCCUGUGAAAAUAUUUUACAAAAAGGACCGGGGCAUUCUGUUCUAAUCGUAGUUGGUGGUGCGGGAGAAAGUUUAAACGCGCGUCCUGGAGUUUACGAUUUAGUUUUGAAGAAGAGAUUAGGAUUUAUCAAAUUGGCUGUUCGUAAUGGCGCAAGUUUAUGCCCAGUAUUUUCAUUUGGUGAAAAUGAUAUAUGGGAGCAAGCUGAUAAUCCUAAAGGUAGUAAUGUUUGGAAAUUUCAAAAGACAUUACAAAACUUGUCAGUUGGAAGACCUAUUGAAGUUAAAAAGAUCGAAAAUCCAACUACCGAAGAUUUGCUCGAAGUACAAAAGAAAUAUAUUGAUGAAUUAUACAAUAUUUGGAAUACUUACAAAGAUAAAUAUGCUAAAAAUAGA